AUGCUCGAUCCUGCCUGUGACCACUGCUCAACAUGGAUCGGAUACUAUGGCCAUAUGCAACUUGGAGAGGGCACUUGGACCGAUGGAACUCCCGUUGACUACGUUAUUAACCCUAACAAUUUCACGUGCAAUUGGCCACAAGGAUGUUACUGGCUGAUGACUAAUGACGAGGGAUGCGGUCUUGAGCGUGAUUGUCGACCAGCCGGUUCGGUCUUGCAAGCUCGUGCUCUUUGCAAGAAACUAGCUGUA